CCUGAUCAAAAACAGACUCACUACGGCGAGAAUAAGCCCGGCGACUCCAUCAACGAGAUCAACGGCCAAUCCGCCGACAUCAACAAGGGCUUUGGAGGCGAGUAAGUCUGGCUCAUCCCCAAGCGCGCGCCCAGGCCCAAGAUGAUGGUCGACAAUUUCUGGACCGACAUCCGCGGCAGCGCCGACGGCAACCGCAAUGACGACCUUGCCAAGGGUGCCGGCGGUGACUACCGCUACUUCUCAUGGUCCAACAAUAUGGAUGCCACUCACUUUGUUACCGAUGUUGCUCUUUGGAGAACCGGUGACGCUCAGCACAGCCCCCCGGAUGGCUGGAACAGCAUGACGGGUGACAUCAACAAGGGUCGUGGCGGCGACUAUCUGUACCUGGUGUGGCGCAAGAAGCAGUACUGCGGACCCAAGGGUUUCUAGGUGCCUAGUUCUGGUACUCUGUGCUUUGAGGUGGAGAGCGAUUUAGUGUGCUACCUCGGUAGCAACAUCGUCCAUAGUUUCACGGGCUAGCCGUGACUGAAUUACGUAUCCAUCUGCGUGAACUGCAUCCUAC